CAAUUACAGUUAUUGGUUUAUUGUAGUGUUAAAUAUUGUUAGAUAAAGAAUGUAUAGAUUAAAAUCAAUUCGUUGUAGUCGUAAACCAUUAGAAGAUUGUUCACCAGACCAUAGAGCCCGUAUAACUCGAUUAUUAGAGAGAGCACGUAAAGAUCAUUUUAGUAAUGUUAGAUCUAAUGUACAAGUUGUACCUGAAAGAGUUACAGAUACCGUGCCUGAUGUUAAUAGUACAGUAGAUCAUUCUGAUGUUAGUGAACGUAGUAACUUCAAUAAAUUUUCUCCUAAUAUCAGCUUGUCGCUCAAUGAUAUGGUCCAUGAGUCUGGAUCUUCAGAUGAAUUUAACAAUACAAUAAGUGAAAGUGACUCUACUUCAGUAUGUGGUGAAGAUAGCAUAGAAGAUUUUGCAAGUAGAUUAGCUGUUGCUUUUACUGAAUCCAAUAUGUCUGACAUGCAAGCAAGAUGCGUUUUGCAAGCUCUUAAAACACAUAAAUGCUUUUCAGCUCUACAUGUGGAUCCUCGAACCAUCCUCAAAACUCCAGCUCAUGCUGCUUCGACUGAUCAGGCAGCUGGAGGCGAAUAUCUUCAUCUUGGUGUCGAGCAGGGUCUUGUUCAAAUUCUUCUAUAGACUCCUGCAGACAAAAUCCCUGACAUUCUUGAAGUUGAUUUGAGUACGGAUGAGGCAUCGCUAGAUAAGUCAAGUAAGGUUUAGAUGUGGCCUAUACAAAUCAGUAUAGCCAACAUCCCAAGAAGUUCUCCACAGAUUGUUGGUGUUUUUAAAGGUUCAAGAAAACCUACCAAUGCUUCUGAGUUUCUCAAACCAUCUGUUGACGAAUUGCUUAGAAUAAUUCAAACUGGCAUUGUAUUUAAUUUUAAACAAAAAUUUGUUGAUUUAAGGUGUUUUGUAGCAGAUGGUCCUGCUUGAGCGUUUGUUUUAGGCCAUUCUGGACACAGUUCUCGAGCACCCUGCUCUCGGUGUAAGGUGAGAGGAGAAUGGAUUCGAGUAGGAGUAAUGGUGUAUAGAGGAACUGCUCAUCCUCUUCGCACACAAGAAGAAUAUUCUCUACGGAAAGAUAGUGAUCAUCACAAGACUGAAAGUGCUAUUGUUGCUUUACGCUUGAAUGCAGUUUCGAACACAGUGUUCGACUACAUGCAUUUAGUGUGUCUUGGUGUGAUGGCCAAAAUUUUCCAAGGAAUCAUCGAUGGCAGAUUUGUGAAAUCAGCUAAACUUUCUCCAAAUAAUAUUAAAGUUUUAGGUGAUCGAUUAGCACUAGUGGAGAAGUAUUGUCCUCUGGAUUUUGCUCGGAAGCCUGUCAAUAUUGACAAGCAUGGCAAAUUCAAAGCCACUGAGCAACGCCAAAUCCUUCUUUACACUGGGCUUGCGAUAUUUCUUGGUUUAAUGAAUUCUGCUGUUUAUGAGAUUUUUCUUUUGCUACACACAGCAAUCAGAAUUCUUGUCAGCCCUUCGUGUUCUAUAGAAUCUAUCAAUUUUGCUGAAAAAUGCAUAAAAUUGUUUGUUGAAUCUGCUCCUGAUGUUUAUGGUAUAGAAUUUCUUUCGUACAACACUCAUGGACUGUUACAUCUUACUGACGAUGUCAGAUCAUUCGGACCAUUGGAUGGCUAUUCUGCUUUCCCGUUUGAAAAUAAUAUGACCUAUUGCAGAAAAUUGUGCAGGAAACAGGGUCAACAUUUGCAACAGAUUGCAAAUAGGCGAAUGGAAGAUUGUCGAGUCAAUCGCCAGAAGAGAGUUGAUAGUACAACGUUCAAAUUCGUUGGAAGACAUUCGAAAGGACCUUCUCUACAUAAUAGCAACUUUGAUCAGUACAGAAAAGUUGUUAAAGGGCCACUUCAAUUAUCAAUUCUUCAGCAAGAUAACACCAUUAUUCUUCAAAAUGGAUCAAUCUGCGUCGUUCAAAACAUAAUUGAAAUUCCAGAUGAUGGUUGCUACUUGUUGGUAAAGUCUUUUGUUUCAGUAGAAGAUUUUUAUAAUCUUCCUGUGGCUUCUUCAGAGAUUGGUGUUUUUCUUUGUUCGCAGCUAUCUUCUACAGUCUCCCUCGUUAGUUUUAAUACAGUAAAAGCAAAAUGUUUUAGAAUGCCAUACUGGCCACAGCUUGCAACAACAGAUAAUCAAUCUGCAGUUUUCAUUGUUGUUGAAAUUUUGUCUUCUCAUCAGUCUUUGUAGUGCUACUUACAAAUCUUUUUUGUUAUUUAAGAAAAUACAUAGCAUUAAUAUUUUCAUUGGAAAUUAAUUAUAAAAAUUUAUAAUUUAGAUGGGUCCAAAAAAAAAAAAAAAAUACCAGAGAGCUCUACAUCCAGACGAAGCAGCAAGGAUGCUCCGUCAAAAGAUGGCAUCAUUAUCAGGAGGCAGAAACCCCGAGAAAAGGAAGGAUGAAAGAGCCUUCCAGACAAUAAGCCAUGUUGACAGGAGAAUCAGUCAACAGCAGCAGCAUCAGGGAACGCCGCAAACACACCCACACGAAUCAGGAAACCGACAGCAAGACCAACAACACGCACAUCAACACUCAUCUCAUAAUCAGAUUACACAACAAAAACAACACGCUCAUCAACACACAUCACACAAUCAGCAUACACAAGACAAACAACACGCAAAUUAGCACAUAUCACGAAACCAGCAUGCACAAGACACUAGACAACGCCUACUGAAUGAUCCUCACAUCCCGUCACACACAUCCUUUAUCACGCGCAUCCCCAUCCCUUCAAACUCAACGCGCACACUCACAAUCACACAUGCACUUGCCAUCAGCACAAAUUGACAAACUUACACCUUUGAAAGGUUUACAGGCACCGCCUCUCGGUUCGAGUACGCCCAAGCGUGAUCCACGUCAAUCAUCAACAUCGACGUUCAACAAGUCUCGGCCCAAAUUCACGAAGCCCCACGGAGAAGCCCCACGACGAAAUGAAGCAGGCGAAAACAGCAUAAUUGCAGAGCAACAAUUACGUCCAUCUUCUCGUACUAAUAACCCAGCUACGUCAUAUGAAACCAGCAACUCUUCAGCACCGCCGUUAAAUCUACAAAGGCCUUCAUCGUAAAAAAUCGACUUGAUUCUUCAAAAGUUGACCAAUUUGGAAGAAUCUUCUAAAAAUAUUGAAAAUACCUUGAAAGACACCGAAGUACGAAUGAGUGAAUAUGGAACAAGAUUAGAAAAUGUGGAACAAACUGUGAAACAAAUGAACGAGACAUUAAAGCGUUCUAACAAGAACAAACGGAUGACAACCAGAGACCAACCUGCGUACCUACCCUUCAAGACAACAGCUGAUCUUCUCUGAUUCAAUUAUGCCAAUGAAGAGCAGUAUGCCGACCUUGUCGACUAUUUAUUAUAUUUAGGAGUCAACGCAUCAAUAGCAGCAGCAAAAUGUAUUAAGAAUUGCUUCAAAUUCAGUGAAGAAUUCUUUACACAGAUGACCUGGACUGGGUCAGAAAAGUUUAACAUAGUGGGCUUAAAAGAUACUCGUUUUGCAGCUGCAUGCGAAGAAGCCUUAUCAUCGUACUACCUCGUUUAUACGAAAUCCAAGAAGGAUGAGUUUGUCUUCGUCAUGACAAAAGCUUUGAAAAGUGCCAAGGAAGGUUUUCGACGUAAAUGUCUGAAGAGGAAGGCUCCACCUCCAGAAAAUAACCGCAAUCUACAAGAACCGCAACCAAAACGACGACACGAAGACGACGAGGAUACCUUAUCAAUUGCCUCCGGUGACAUCAGCACAAGAGAGGACGCAAUGAACAAUGGCGAAGAGUAUCAGGAUCGCCAGUUAGGUAACGUCAGGGAGAAUGAAGGCAUCCUUGGCAACAACCAGAGAUUCGACAAUCCAGACGAUGACUACGGCAACAACGGUGACAACAACUAUGAUAACGUCGGUCGAGAGCGCAACGGCGAAGAUGAACAGGGCAUCGGUGGAGAGGGCAACGGAGAAGAUGAACUGGACGACGGCGAUUAUCCUCCGUACGGUGGAUACGAUUUCAACGGCGGUGGUGAAGAUGAUUUCGGCAUCGGUGGCUAUCAUGACUUCAGGACUGAGGAAUACAGUGAAGAGAGCAUUCCUGAACAUCACCCCGAAGACCGUAACGACUACGAGAAGGAUGACAGCACCGAAGAUAAUGAGGCAAAUAAAGACGCCAACAUCAAUGAGGAAGGCGAUUGGGCAACCGAGUAUUUGGAUCAGGAGGACGAUCCCGUGUACAGGUUUAUAAAAGGCGGAGAAAGGUUGUGAUUAUAGUUUAAUAUGUUUAUAGUUUUGCACUUCCUCCUCCUUUUUUCAAUUUAUUUAUUCAUUUAUUUAUUUAUUAUUGUCAUGUUUUCUCACAGGAAAAUAAAAAACAGACAUCGAACUACUUUUUAUUCUUUUUCAAUUUCAUUCAUUGAUGUCCGUUUUUUAUAUUAUAAUAGCGCUUUUUUACAGUUUCGGUAGUUUACUUGUUUGUAAUCGUUUUGAAUUAAAAUUAAAUUUGUUGUAUUUGCUUGUAAUUUUAACUAAUUUAUUCUAGACACUAGUAUAUAUGUAAGAAAGCGCUGGAGGGGCUAAGAAAGUGGAUGAGCCUCACAGAGAAGGGCGAGGUCGGGGCCCCCUCAUACCUAAACAAAAAAUUUAAUUUUCUUUAUUCAAUUUCAUUAGAAGCUGGAAAAGACCAAUACGACUGCUGCUCAUCUUCUUCACCAAGAACUAAGGAUCUGCAUCAGGGACUCUCACCAUAUGAAGAUAUAAGUAUCCAGUCCUCUAAAUUCUUCACUUUUCAGGUCUUGACAAUGGGUUUCUCUAAUCCUUCUUCGUUGAUCUUUAUUAUACUUCUACUAUUACUUACUCGCCUAUAUCAUAUGUGCAGUGUGCACCUAAUUUUUUUUACUCUGUUGCUCUCAACAGUUUUUUAAAAUAAUUUUUUGCAGUUACAGGAAUGAGCAAUGAGGCUAAAUUAGGUGGCCAGGAGGUGUAUAUAAUGAAAAACCCUCCAAGCCAUGCUGGAUGUCGCUGCAGGACAUGAGUACUGCUCGUCUUCUUCGCCAGGAGCUAAGGAUCUUCAUCGAGGACUCACUAACAUGAAGAUUUAAGAGUCCACGGCCAGUGUUUCAUAAAUAUAGAUAAAGAGGAUCUAUGAGUCCUCAAUAUGAAUAUGUUUUCUGCUGUAUUGUAGGUCCAAAAUGAAAUAAUUACUUUGUCAUUGGCCUGUCUAUAUCAAUAAAAUGCUACCGGAGCACUUAAAACUUAAAAUUCUUAUUAAUAAACUAAGCUAAAAGACAAAGUGAUUAUUACCAUUAAGACCUAAACAUAUUGUAAAAAACAAUUCAAAUGGCAUUGUGAAUAACUUAAAAAUGUUAUCAGGUGCAAUAAUUUAAAACGACAAUAUAAUUGUCAUGCCAUUUGGAUUGUUUUACAAUAAGAAGUAUAAAACUUGAUACGGUUGUAGGGAUUAUUAUUGUUAAUUUGUUUUAUUCACAUUGGCGAUCAAUUUUUGUGUUCAAGGUUUAUAUUUUUUAUUAUAACGAUUGUUGCAUUCCAGUAUUUUCAAUAU